UCGCGCUCCAACUUUUGAAGCAGGCAGACGUGCGUCGUAUCCGCUUCCGAUUUUUGCCGCUAUCGUCGGGUCGUUGGUCCGCCUCUGUGUGAGUGUGUGUAUUUGUGCUCCAUAGUUUUCGUAUUCAUUCUGCACGUGCUGACCGCCGCGACAUAGUCGAGUGGCACUGGAAUUGACAGUGGUAGCGGAAUUAAUUAAUGCUCAGGUUGUGGAAGGCUCCAAUCGAGAAGUGAUCUCCUCCGCAUGUCAGCAUGGAUAGUAGCACUAAGCCAACGCGCAAGAAUCCGCGCCAGAAUGCAAAUAUUAUCUCGCAAUUGAUAUUUGCCUGGGCCAUACCUUUGCUCUACCGUGGAUCUCGAAGGGGCUUGAAUACGGAUGAUCUGACGGAAUGUCUCAAGGAAGAUCAGUCCGAACAACUGGGGGAUUGUUUAGAGGAACAAUGGUUUAAGGAACUGGAACGUUCGCAUCGGAAGAAAAAGAAUCCUCAUCUUAGGAAUGCACUAUUCCGUUGCUUUCUAGGACCAACCAUAGUAAAUGGUCUCAUUUGCCUGAUCUACAUAGUAAUCAAAACGCUGAUACCAGCUGUUCUGGCCCAGUUGUUGAUCCAAUUUCAAAAGAAUCCUUUAAUGAAAGGGGCUAGCGAAAUGGAUAAUAGUGAUUGGUCGCUUAACCGGACUGCUCGCUCUAUAGGAAACUAUGUAAUAGCCCGGGCUGUGGCCGAUGCCAGUGGUUCACUAAAUGAUACCUACUCCCCCAAUUCGCUGGACAAGGGAGGUCCCUUAAAGGAGCCUCUACAGCCGGUAUCUGAUGAGAUUGCAUCAAAGCCCAAUAUCCUAGAUCAGGCGUUUAAUUAUGUGUGGAAUGAUACCUAUGCUCUGGGUACUGUCCUGGUUACCUCCACCCUGUUCUGCUGCUUCCUGCUGCAUCACGUUGAUCUCCGUCAGCGAUUGAUGGGCGCCCGUAUGCGUAUUGCUUGCUGUUCGUUGAUCUAUCGGAAAACCCUUCGCCUCUCGAUGAAAACAGCUGGACAGACGCCAGCUGGUUACCUUAUCAACUUGCUCUCCAAUGACGUUAAUCGUCUGGACUAUGGUUUCAUAUUCAUGCAUUGGAUUUGGAUUAUGCCACUGCAGGCGGUGCUCACAUGCUACCUGAUUUGGUUGAAGAUCGGGAUCCCAGCGCUGGUGGGAGUUAUUGGAUUGCUGCUGAAAACUGUGCCCGUACAGACGGCCUUGAGCAAGGUCACCUCAGUGCUGCGAAUGCGGAUUGCAGAGCGAACGGACGCCAGGGUGGGCAUCAUGAAUGAGCUGGUGCAGGGCAUCCAGGUGAUAAAGAUGUACGCCUGGGAGCGACCCUUCCAGGCGGUGGUAGCUGAGGCUCGUCGCCGUGAAAUCAAGCAGAUCCGCUAUGCAUCCUACCUGCGAGGCUUCUACCUCAGCACCAUGGUGUUCACAGAGCGUUCCACCCUCUACAUCACCCUGGCGGCAGCUGCUUUGUUGGGUCAGAAAAUCACGGCCGACUUUGUCUUCUCCGCAGCCAGUUACUAUAACAUCCUGCAAUUGGUGGCGGCUAUCUGGUAUCCUCUGGCUGUGAGCUUUGGAGCAGAAGCCUUGGUAUCCUUGCGUCGUGUUCAGGAUUUCCUUUUGCUGGAUAGUCGUGAGGAGCGGACACAUGGACUGACACACAAGCGAGAGCAGGAGGCUGGCGAUAGUAGAGCUGUAACCAUCAAGGAUAUCAAUGCAAGCUGGGAUAAUGAGAAGCCACAGAGGACACUGCAGAGCAUUAAUCUGCAAAUCGAAAAGGGUCAACUGUGUGCGGUGAUUGGACCCGUCGGUGCUGGCAAGAGUUCCAUACUCCAGUUGAUCCUCGGCGAGCUGCCUGUCAUCGAUGGUGGGGUUGUGAUCCAAGGCGAUCUCUCCUAUGCAGCCCAGGAACCUUGGCUCUUCACUGGAUCGGUGCGGAAUAAUAUCCUGUUUGGUGAGGAGUAUGAGAAGAAACGCUACCAGGAGGUGACUCGUUGCUGCGCCCUGACCACAGACUUCCAGCAGUUGCCUAGUGGCGAUAAAACCAUUGUCGGUGAGCGUGGAGCCUCCUUAUCUGGAGGUCAACGAGCCCGGAUCAGCUUGGCUCGAGCUGUUUAUAAACCUGCGUCGAUUUAUCUACUCGAUGAUCCGCUCAGUGCCGUGGAUGCCCACGUGGGAAGGCAUCUGUUUGAUGAGGUAAUCGGACCUCGUGGACGACUAGCUCAACAGAAGGCCACCCGGAUCCUGGUGACCCAUCAGAUACACUUCCUGUCCGAGGCAGACUUGAUUGUGAUUGUAGAUCAGGGAAGGAUUUUACGGCAGGGCACUUACCAGGAACUGCUCAACAGUGAUCUGGAUUUUGCCAAAUUGCUGGAGCGGCCCAAGGAGGAGGAAGAAGCGGACAAUAGUCGCCAAAAGACAUCGUUCAGCGGCAUUUCAGUGGAGAGCGAUGACGAGGAUAUACCCUUUAUCGAUGGGGAAAAGGAUGGGUAUCAGCAGUUGAGGAAACGUAGCAGCUCGGUUCAUGGCAGCAAGUCGUUGGACAGCUCGCACCUAGAUGAGGAAGUGGAUGAGGAGGCUCUGGCCGAGGCCCAAGCCUCGGGUGGAAUACAACCACGUGUGUGGUACGAGUACUUCCAUGCGGGCAGCACCCUGAUCAGCUUCAGCUUUAUGGUAUUCGUGAUGAUCAUGUCACAGGUGGUGUGCAGCAGCUCGGACUUCUUUGCCAACAUCUGGACGCAGCAGGAGCACCAAAGGUCGCAGGGCAAGGCCACCAGCUUUACGACAUUUGAGUGCCUGUACAUUUACGGAGCCUUGAUCAUCGCCGUGGUCAUCAUGACCACCUUCCGUGGCUUCCUCUUCUUCAAGAUCUGCAUGCAUGCCUCCAAGGUGCUGCAUGAUCGAAUGUUUGCUUGCAUCCUGCAUGCCACCAUGAGAUUCUUUGACACCACUCCCUCGGGACGGAUUCUGAAUCGUUUCUCCAAGGACAUGGGUGCCAUCGAUGAGCUUCUACCCAGAGCCAUGAUGGACUUUAUACAGAUCGCACUGGUGAUGUUCGGUAUUCUGAUUGUGAUCAGCAUAGUGAAUCCGGUUUUGAUUGCGGCCAUGUUGGUGGUGGGACUGGUGGAUGUGCUCAUCCUAUUGCUGUACCUGCGUCCCUCUCAGGAUCUGAAACGCCUGGAGGGCAUCUGCCGGAGUCCGGUAUUCUCCCACCUGAGUGCUUCGCUCUCUGGUCUGGCCAUUAUCCGAUCUCGGCAGCUGCAAGAGGUAGUGGCCAAGGAGUUUGACCUGCUGCAGGAUGUGCACAGUAGUGUCUGGCAGCUAACCAUGGCGGCCAAUACGGCAUUGGGCUUAUGGCUGGACUGCGUUAGUUGCGUCUUCCUCACCUCAGUCACAUUCAGCUUUAUCGUGGGCAACGAAUCUACCUACAGCGGCAACGUGGGUCUGGCUAUCUCCCAGGCCAUGAUCCUGACCGGCAUGGUGCAAUAUGGUGUACGCCAGGUAGCCGAGUCCCUGCAGCAGAUGACCAGCGUGGAACGUGUGCUCCAAUACACCGAACUGGAGCAGGAGCAGGCGCUCAGUGAAAAGAUACCAUCGCAGCAGUGGCCCACCCAUGGUCAGGUGGAAUUCCGCAACAUGAGCUGUCGCUACGAUCCAAAUGGUUCGCCGGUGCUGAAGAACCUAAAUCUCACCAUUGAGGCAGGCUGGAAGGUGGGCAUUGUGGGUCGCACAGGUGCCGGCAAGUCAUCCCUGAUUGGAGCCUUGUUCCGGUUGGCUCACAUCGAGGGUGAGAUACUUAUCGAUGGCGUGGAGACGGGAACCAUUGCAUUGGAGGUACUGCGUACUCGCAUCUCCAUUAUACCUCAAGAUCCGGUGCUCUUCUCGGCCACCAUUCGUUAUAACCUGGAUCCCUUUGAGCGGUAUACUGAUGCCGAACUUUGGAGCGCACUGGAGGAUGUGGAGCUGCGGGGCGCCAUUCCCGGAUUGGAUUUCAUGGUCACGGAGCGGGGCAGCAACUUUAGUGUGGGCCAGCGGCAAUUGCUGUGCUUGGCGAGGGCAAUCCUCCGGAACAACAAGGUCCUUGUGCUGGACGAAGCCACGGCCAAUGUGGAUCCACAAACUGAUGCACUGAUCCAGCGCACCAUUCGCAUCAAGUUCCAGCAAUGUACGGUCCUAACGGUGGCCCACAGAUUGCAUACAGUCAUGGACUCGGAUAGGAUAAUUGUGAUGGAUGCUGGCGUGGCUGUGGAGUUUGAUGUGCCGCAUUUGCUGCUGAAGAAAUCGCGUGGAUACCUCCGGCAAAUGGUGGAGGCCACCGGUGCAGAGGCGGAUGCCCUGAAAAAGGUUGCAAGUGACAGUCACAAGCGCAUGCAGAGACUGAGGGAUGAACGCGAUCGUGCCGCGGAGAAUGAGGAGUAGGCAGUGGGGGCGUCUUACCGGGAUUUGCAUUUACCCAAAGCUGGUGCUUUAUAUGGCUCAAGGUGGUAGCUCCCAAGAGCAAAGACCAUUUGUCCAAACAAAUGCCGUACCAAAAUGAAUUUCCUCUACUCACACAACAAACACAGAUUAUGUUAUGGGUGUUUAAUGUACUUAGCUUAGUUAAGUUUGUAAACGAAAAGUCUUAAUGUGCUGCCUUAUACGUAUUGUACUUAUGUAUAGAUAUAAUCUCUAUAACAGGAACUGCAGUGAGCUUUUGCAUACAAAAACCUCUUGUAGAUCCCCAGUGAAAAGUUCGCCAACUGAGAACAUGACAAAACAGAGAUACUUAAAGAACAAGACCCCAUCCUUCAAGGAUAUUUAUAUUUUCUAUCUUACUCACUAGCUAGUUUCUCACAACAUACUAUAUAUUUUGUAUAUAUAAUCUGUAUAAUAAACCACAAACUGUGAAAAUUGUA